GAAAAAAGUAGUGUAAUUUUUUGUAAAUAUUUUUUUUGCAUAAUUCAUGUAAGAUGUCUUUUAGACAAAUAAUUAAAGUAUAUAAAAUAAAUUUCUGAACAAUAAAUUGACCAAAAUGGGCAAGUUACAGCGAUAAAAGUAAAAAUGUGGUGGUCACUGUAAGUGGUUCUCCCCUACCUUAUUAUAGAGGAAAUUUUAUUUCUCUGGAAAUGUUUUUCCUGAUUAUUACCACCUACAUCUAACUCAAACUACUAAUAACAAUAGAAACUUUCCAUUACUAUUCGCCUAAUUACAUUUUUGCACUUCUACACCACUGGUGGGAAACUGGAAACUCCAUUAUAUUUACUGGCAACUGCGCAAUCGAUCGAUACGUAAAUUUUCCACUACUACACUUGUUUUCCUUUGCCAAGUUUUCCACCCUUAGUUUUUAUGAAAUACUGUCGUCUUUUAAAAAAACGCAAUCCAGAACUUAGUUUUAAUAUAGUGAAUUUUGCAUUGUUUGCGAUUCAAUUGAAAUAAUAAUUUUCCAAGGAAAAGGCAUGAAUUUUCACCGUAUUAGAUUACAAACGAAAAUGUGAAGCAAAACAAGUUGAAAUUAAAAAUCAUAAUAAUGCCUCCGAACGAAGCAAAUUUAGGAUACGCUUACCAAUUACCAGCAGGAGGAUGGUCAGCCAAAAUCCGAAACGCCUUAUCUCAAUUUAGCGAUAUUUUUAGCGAAUUUGAUAAGUAUAUCGCUCCGGCUUACCAUCAUGAUAGAUGCGAAAGAUCUGUCCAAAUGCGUCUAUACUCGAUGCACAAACGAGAAUUUGUCAUGAUAUUUGUACUGUUUUUCGCAUGCCUUGGACUAACAGUUUUUAUUGGUCUUGCAGGGCCUCCAAUAACAAAGACUACCCCAAUAGAUGGUUUAUCUUUAUUGCCAAAAACAAAUAAUACCAAUGCAUCUAGGAAAGAUAUAGCAACUGGACCUUUUAUUAUGAAAACUCCAAAGUUAUCCACCUAUAACCAACAGCUUUGGAUAAUAGCUAAACUGAAAACAGAAAAUACAGGAGAAAUAAUAGACAAAGAAUUUGAUAUCUGUGUAACUUUAUCUGGAUUAACUGAAGAACAUAAACCUGAUAAAAUUUUAACAGCAAAAGAUCAUCAAAAUAGAAGUCGUCACUUACAUUGCGACAAACAAACUUGUGACGAAUUCAUAGUGAUGCAUCUAGGUUAUCUAGACUACACUCAUUACAUAGUGAAUAUUAUUUUCAACGAUCUUGAAUCGUUUCAUUCAAGAUAUACCAUCAAAGAAGUAUAUUUUUAUUUCAAGACUUACAAUCCAGAUUUUACUCAAAUUGAAGUGUGGUUCAGGUUGAUAUUUUUGAUUGGAGCUUUUUCAAUAACAUGGUGGUACUAUCAAUGCUUAAGAAAAUACCCAGUGCAUUGUUGGGCUUUUGAACAAAAAUGGGUUGGAAUGUUACUUCCACUCCUGAUGACAUUUGAUAAUCCCAUAUUUCCAAUGAUAUUCUUGGUAAGUUCCUGGCUUCCUGGAAUGUUGGAUGCUAUUUUUCAAGCCACUUUCUUGGCGACGUUAUUUUUGUUUUGGUUAAGCGUUUAUCACGGACUGAGACAGAAUGAAAGAAAUGUCUACACUUUUUACCUACCAAAGUUCUUCGUUGUCGGAAUGAUGUAUUUUCCAACGCUGGUACUUUCCACCUGGCAAAAAAUUAGCGAACUGAACGAUCCGGGCUACGAUCAUACAACUGAAGCUAAUUUUUAUGUUGUCAAGGCAUUUUUUUAUAUCUUUGGAGUAAUCUACUUAAUCUACUUAGCUUAUUUGAUUUUGAAAGCAUAUUCAGAGUUGAGAUCUAUGCCCUUCUUUGGUCUUCGUCUAAAAUUCUUAACCCUUUUAAUGUUAGUCGUCUUAACCAUUGGAGGAAUGAUAACAGCCUCAAAAUUCGGUGUAGAUGUUUUAGAAGAUAAUUUUGUAGCUCAAUUAGGUACCCAUUACAACAAUUCAUCACAAUUUAUGUCUUUUUAUGGCUUAUUAAAUUUGUAUGUUUACACUAUGGCUUAUGUGUAUUCACCAAGUAACAAAAAUCUUCACGAUCCAGGAAUAACAAAAGACAACCCAGCAUUUUCAAUGAUAAAUGACUCAGACGAAGAUGUAAUUUAUGGUUCAGAUGAAGAAAGCAGGCGACCACUGAAUAGAGGACAUAACGACGAUGACAGUGACUAAAUAGAAAUGCAAAAACUAUGGAAAAAGGACUUGAAAAUAAAUCAGUAUCAUUUGAUGAUGAACAAAAACAAAGAUGGGUAUAUGAAUUAAAUGCUCGGUGAUAACAGGAAUUAGUUUAAUUGGAAAUAAUUUCGGUUACUUUUUAAAGAAAUAAAUGUCAAUUUAAUUAAUUUGACAGAAAUGUUAAGUACCACGGAAGAAUUAUUAUCUAUGUUUAUAAAUUUAAUACUUAAUAUUAAUUUAUUUUUAUAAAAUUUUGAUGUCGUAGUUAAAUCAAGAUACCUACCAAGUAUAUCAUGCUCUAGAAAAUAAUUGUUUACAUAAUUAUAAUUAGUGUUUUUAGGUACAAUAUUAUAAUGGAUUGAUUAUUUGAUUUUUGUCUCGAACUUCAUCUACGAACUACGAUGUUGUUGUAUUAUUACAAUAAAGCCACACAUAAAUGAUGUAGAUUUUAUAUAACCCAUUAUUGUAUAUUUUCAAUACAUAUUUUUUAUAAAAUUAAGUCAAAUUUGGCCAAUCUAUAUUAUCCAUUUAGGUGAAUAUUUCUAGCCUAAUUUUUACAUAAGCCUCAAUACCAUGUAUUGUUCGAAAAUAUCGUUGAUAAUGAAUUAUACAUUUAUCAGUUUUGUGUACUGACUAUUUACGUUAUUAGACUUCCGGCACUGCAAGUGAUGGUCCUACAAAAAUACUUACAGAAAUUUCAAUUUCUAAAUGUUAUUUAAUAUAUUUAUUGUUUGUAUGUAAUGAAAUUGUUUUUAUGUAGUUUUUUUUCAAGAAAAUCAAAAACUUGGUUUUAAUAAUAAUAAACAUCUUUAUUACAACACCAUAUUUUAUACAAUUCAUCAUACAACAUCUGAUUACACUUUAAUCACUUACACAAAUCUACUUAUAUCAUAUUGAAUAGGAUAAAUCCAGUCAAAUCCUUUGAGGAUACAUUUAAUAACAUUGAGUGAAAACAAUUGGUAGGUACCCACGUACAUAUUAGUGAAAUUUUGAUUCAAAAAAUGUGUGAUUGUCUGCAAUAAGUAGAGGUAGGUACCUAUUAAACCUAUCAUUAAACCAAAAAUAAGAUAUUAAUUUCCUAAUUAACAAAACAGCAACAUCACAUUUAUUGAUUAUUAUCAUAUUAGACAUUUAUUUGGAAGGAGUAUUUACAUCUAUAAACAUUAUAAAAAUUAUUCUAAACUCAAUUCGUUGGGGCAAAUUUAUUGGAAAAUCAAAAUCGAAUUUUUUUAUGUCUAGAUCUUAAAAUUGAGUCUGAUAUUUGAGCAAGAAUUUCCAUUUUAAUCCAUAGAAGGUUGAUUGUCUAAUCUAGGAUACUAGGAAUAAUUGUAGAGAUUUUUAAACAUGAGACACAUUUUUGGGAAAUAUACAUAUAGACCAAAAAACGAAUUUUUGAUCACGUAAGUACAUUUAUAUAGAUAUUAUUACAAUUAGUAAUUAGUUUGUUUUUGUGCGUUAUUGCCUUUACUUUUAUUAAAAAUGUUCACCUUGUUACGUAAGUUUGGAUUAUAAACUUAUAUAAGUUUUACCCAGGACCCAAUACAUUUUUCAGGAAUAUAUUUCUUUGUUUUUGUUAAGUAGUUUUGUUUUAUGUUUAUGUUUUUGGUAUUUUAAGUACAUAAUACCAACUGAAUCAAUAUAAUUAGAGCAGAAUUAUAGUGGUAUACCAAGAAAUCCUCAAAUACCGAAACAUCAACAAUCAUUUAGAGUUUUCUUUUUCUUGGGAACGUUAACAAUUUAUAACAUUCAUUUUUAAGUAGUCUUAUAAACCCUGCGUUAUUUUGUAAAAAUAUUUUUUUAGAAGUUAAAAUAGUAGAUAGUUUUGUUGUUUUCUUUUUGGCGGCAUCUACGUUACACCGU